UCCAGAUGGAUGAUUCCAUUAUUUGCAGUGACUCUACAAACAACUUUUGUCAGGGUGACGAUGGUGGACCUGCGGUAACCAAUUACGACGAAAGCAGCUCUGACGGCACCGAGGUUCUUACAGCCUUAGUGGAUAAAGGUUAUAGCUGCAAAGCCGACCACAAACCGUCGCUCUACACCCGCGUUAGUGCACACUGCGACUGGAUCGACACCGAGACAGGCCACGAUGUCCAAUGUAAUUAAAACCAGGGUUAAGAACAGUCAGAGAGAAGUGUGGGAUCGGAGAUGACCAAAUUCCUAACACUCUUUUAAAAACUAAAAGUAUAAAUAAAUAUAAAAAAACUCACAGGUCAGAAUCGAAUCGAAUUUUGGUAACAAAAGAGGGCGCACUUCCCGAAUGGUGUCAUGAGCGUAAGUUUUAAUAGAUUAUUUUGUGUCCCAGGGGCUGUCUGACCCACUUCUGGGUUAAUCUGACAACAUCAAGAAAUUGAUUUAAAGUCUUAUUUUAUCUGCUUCAAAUUUAACCGUUUCUGUGUCAUUUUAAAACAAACUCC